AACCCUUUUGUGGGUUUGAAUUCCGGUAAUUUGAACCAUGGCCAACACGGAUAAAAAGACCCGAUAUAAGUUCCAGUCAGAAAUUCAGCAAAUGAUGUUCGUUUUUGGUGAGGUAUCCGAUCCUCUUCCGGAGACCACCAUGCUCGUGGAAGACAUUGUGCGCUCCCAGGUUAUUGAAAUUAUUAUUCAAGCAGCGGCAAUGGCAGCUAAACGAAACUCAAGGUCAAUGAACGCCGAAGAUUUGAUAUUUUUGAUGCGACACGACCGAGCAAAAGUCAAUCGGCUGCGAUCGUUCCUGAGCUGGAAGGAUGUUCGUAAGAACGCAAAAGAAACGGGAGGAGAUCAAGUCGAGGAUAUGAUGGAAGACUCGGCGGCAGCUGAAAAGCCAGGAAAAAUGCAUCGCAGUAUCAUCAAACUUUCAUGGGAACUAGUCAACCAGUUUUCUGAUGUAUUUGUUAAGUCGUCUAAGGAUGAGGACUCUGAAGAUGAAGAUGAGAUUGAAGCGUACAACGAUAGUAUACAACGCUUAAAGGACGCCGAUGAAAUCACUCGCGCCAUGACAAGAGAAGAGUAUGUACACUACUCUGAAUGCCGACAAGCUUCAUUCACAUACCGAAAAUCAAAACGGUUUCGAGAUUGGGCUUACAUGAGCUCGUUCAUCGAUGUCAAACCAAAUGACGAUAUAAUUGACAGUUUAGGUUUCUUGACAUUUGAGAUGGUGUCGUCUCUGACUGAAGGGGCUAUCCAGAUCAAGACCGAUCUCGCCACAUUGCACAAAGACGAAUCAGCGGCGGCUGGAAAGAAGAGGAAGAGAGAAUCCGGCGAUGAAGAAGGCGAUGAGACCACCAUGGGCCUCUUCAGCUUAUCCAAAAACGAUCAAACACCACUGGAACCUCUGCACAUACAAGAAGCCUUUAGAAGACUACAACUUGUUCCACAGCCUUUGAACACGUUCAGAAGAGGUCUUGUGAGAACUAAAAUCUCUCUGAUCUAGGAACGUGGUAUUUUGUUCAUAGCUUGUUUACCAACCCUUUCAACUUAAUUGUAUAAAAUUUUCCUCUCUCCCCUUCUUUCAAUUCAAAAACACAACUAAAAACAUACAUAUAAAUGUUAUUGCUUUAUAGGGGUACCAUCUGCAGGUAUCGCAGGCAGAUGAGUUACCGAAUGGUAUAACU